AUACAAUUCCACAAAAUCAAAUCUCCAGUAUUCUCACUCUACUUGCUCUCUCUCUCUCUCACACACACACAGAAAAAAAUUGGUUCUUUUCCAAGUUUCUCACUGAAAUUUAUCUGCUACAUAUUGGGAUUUUCAUUGGCUAUGAUACCAGCCCUUACAUUCAGGAGUGGACUGAAUAACAAGUAAAAUGGCUUUGACAUUCUUUAGAGGGAUACAAACCCACCCUUUUUUCAUAUACCCAUCUGCAUUCGUUGCAAGAAAAUAUGGUGUUUUGUAUUGCACAAUGAGUAGCACACAAACCCAAAGUGCAACCAAAGAAAACCAACAACAGCCUCAAUCCAGAAUUUCAACACAAACCCAAUCCAAAACAUCACUGGAUAAAGUUUUCAAAGAUUAUGAAGCUAUCAUUGGUAUAGAGACUCAUGUUCAACUUUCCACUCUCACCAAGGCCUUUUGUGGCUGCCCUUACAGUUAUGGGUCUCAACCAAACACCACUGUUUGUCCCACUUGCAUGGGUUUGCCUGGGGCAUUGCCAGUUUUGAACUCAAAGGUCAUAGAACAUGCAGUGAGGGUUGGCCUUGCACUUAAUUGCAAGUUGUCUUUCAAUUCGAAAUUCGAUAGGAAACAGUAUUUUUACCCUGACCUUCCAAAAGGGUACCAAAUAUCUCAAUUUGAUGUCCCAAUUGCAAGUGGUGGGUACUUAGAUGUAGAUCUCCCAGUAGAGUUUGGAGGUGGGCAUAGGAGAUUUGGCAUUACCAGGGUUCACAUGGAAGAGGAUGCUGGGAAGCUGCUUCAUACUGGCAAUGGGAGUUACUCACAGGUUGAUUUGAAUAGGGCAGGGGUGCCUUUGCUUGAGAUUGUUUCCGAACCUGAUAUGAGAACUGGUAUUGAAGCUGCUGAAUAUGCUGCAGAAUUGCAGAGAUUAGUUCGCUAUUUGGGAGUGAGUAAUGGGAAUAUGCAAGAAGGAUCGCUUCGUUGUGAUGUCAAUGUCUCAGUUCGGCCAAUUGGGCAGUUAGAGUUUGGUACAAAGGUUGAGAUAAAGAAUUUGAACUCAUUCUCAUCCGUAAAUAGGGCCAUUGACUUUGAAAUUUCAAGACAGGUGCUUCUCCAUAAUCAAGGCCAGAGUAAUCAAAUUGUACAGGAGACUCGACUCUGGGAAGAGGGUGCUCAGAAAACUGUUCCAAUGAGGAAAAAGGAAGGGCUCUCUGAUUAUCGUUAUUUCCCAGAGCCAGACCUCCCAGAAGUUACUCUUAGUAACAAAUAUGUUGAUGGAAUUCGUCGUUCUUUACCUGAACUUCCAGAAAUGAAGCGUCGAAGAUAUGAGACAAUGGGUCUAAGCAUUCAGGAUGUUCUUUUUCUUGCUAAUGACAUGAAUGUUGCAGAUUUUUUUGAUGCAACUAUUGGAAAUGGUGCUGAUGUCAAACUGGCUGCCAAUUGGAUAAUGGGUGAUGUUGCUGCCUAUAUGAAAAAUGAGAAGCUUUUAAUCACUGAGAUUAAACUUAGCCCUGAAGAGCUAGGUGAGCUUAUAGCUUCCAUUAAAGGUGGGACAAUCAGUGGAAAGAUUGGAAAAGAGAUACUAUUUGAGCUAAUGGCCAAAGGUGGAACUGUUGAGGGUCUGAUAAAAGAAAAGGAUUUGGUUCAGAUAGUAGACCCUCUUGAGAUUGAGAAAAUGGUGGAUAAAGUGCUUGCGGAGAAUCCAAAGCAGCUAGAACAAUACCGUGGAGGCAAAACAAAGCUCCAAGGUUUCUUUGCUGGCCAGGUAAUGAAAGAAUCAAAAGGCAAGGCAAAUCCUGUGCUUUUGAACAAGAUCCUUUCAGAGAAAUUAAAUGUCAAAAGCUGAUACUGUCAUAGUGGCAGACUGGUACUGUGCCAGUAAUUUGAUUUGCCUACAGUUCUUCUCCGAUGAAUUGGUUCUCCUGGGCUGUGCAUAUUAUCUACCAACGGUAAAUUUGCACCCUUUGGUGGACUUGGUCUGAACAGCAAUCUGCGGGGUUUUCUGAACGCGCGAGAAGAAAACCAGCUGGAGAGAUGGAUGUGUUGACCUAUUUUAACUUAGAUACACGAGCUGGUCAUAUUGGCUAUGGGGUUGAUUAAAGUUGACUCAUCGGAUACAAUAUUUGUAAAUUUCAUACAGAAAAUAAGCUAAUUGUAAUAACAGUUGGUGGUGUAUCUUCCAGAUGAGAAUACUUUUAUCCAAUUUACAGUAAUUAUUAGUGCUUCUAUCAUUCUUAUUUUUUUUUUCCAAUGUACAUUCUUGAUUAGCACACUUGCCAAAAAACAGGUUGGUUUAUAGUUGAGGUGUAGGCGUAGGUGUACGAAGGCAGUGUAUGAAAAGGAGAAUGAUUUUUUCUGGUAGCAGUGAAAAAAGAUGGAAG